AUGUACACUCCAAACCCAGAAUUGUACUACAAGACAACGCCGGACUUUACGUAUAACGCCCAGUUGGGGCAAACAGGCGGCGCAACGGAUAACUGGAUCUACGCGUCCCCCGUGGUUGACUCGAAUGGCACCAUUUAUGUCUGCACUAACAAGGGGAUGGUGCACGCCGUGUCGAGCAGCGGUAAAAGUGCCAAGUGGAAGAAGAACGUUUACGGAGAAAUCACCGCCACUCCUGCGCUGGCUUCCAACGAAUUAGGUGAAGUGAUUUACGUGGUCUCAAACCAGGGCGAACGGAUCGACUCGAACAGCAAACUAUACGCUCUCGACACAGAUAAUCUCGGCUCAGCUCUCUGGCAGAACCCUCCGAUGCUGGUCGGAAAGGUUCCGGGCUCGCUAGUCCUUUACCAUGAUCGCAUAUACCUCGGUACGACCGAAGGAAAUCUGUAUGCGAUAAAUUCGUUGACUGGUGCCAUUAUAUGGGAGGACAAGCCGCAGGAGAAAAGCAGCAUCGUCGCCUCUCCGUCCGUUGAUAAGCACGGAAACAUUUACGUCGCAAGCUCGUAUGAGAAGGAACAUCUUGGAGACGUCGCGGAGGUCGCUAAAUUUGCUCUGUAUAAGUACAGUCCUGGCGGAGACAAACUGUGGAGGUUUCUGAGCUCAUACGUGCUUCACUCCACGCCACUCAUCGACAAUGACAGAGAAUUGAUCUACAUUGGAGGGCAGGACCGGCGGUUCAUCGCCCUGGAUCUCAAAACUGGUGAACCUGUGAGCUGUUUCACUGCGCGCGACUCGAUCAGUGCCUCCCCGGCGCUUCUCACAGACGGAUCUGUGGUUUUUGCCGCGGAAGAUGGAUUUUUGUACGCCUGCUCACCUGGUUGCAAGGAUCUUCUCUGGGAAGCCUCCAUAUCCGGUCCAGUCGUGUCUGUGACGAUGCAAGGAACGGCCCCCCCACCACCGGCACCGCGACCCCCGCCCUCCACUGGAUCUUACACAAGUGACAAACCAGCUUAUUUCAUGUCGUCACCAAUCGUCAUCGAAGGCGGUAAUAUUGUCAUGGCUGUCAAUUUCGAAGGUGAUAUAAUCGGGGUAUCCGCGAAAGAUGGUGUUGUGAUGUGGCGGGCUAACAAAGCAACGUGGCAGGGAGGUGAAGCCGGAUAUGUGGCGGCCUCGCCUGCUAUCGGGAGAGAUGGAUCGCUGUACAUCGCCGAUUACAAAGGCUUUCUGCAUGGGUUCGUCGGAAAUGGUGGAUGCCCAGCGGGAUAUAAGUUCAGCUCAAAUAUCGGCGACCUCAACUGUGACUUCGGCCUAAAAUGUGGAACGGUGGGUGAUGCAUCUGCGGUGACGUAUAGCAACACAACAUCUCCACCACCCCCGCGACUUAACAACCAACCCGCUCCUCCUCCGCCGCCUAUGGCUCCCGCGUCGGUGUACAAGGAGACGUGCACGCCAUGCGAUGACGGCAUGGUUGCACCUCUACCCUGGCUGGGCACUUCUUGCCAGACGUGCCCAGCGGGCAAGGAAUUUGUGGCGACGGACAAAGAGUGCCAAAAUUGCCCGCCAGGCUGGUACCGUGGCGAUGACUUUGCUGCUGAUCGAAAAUGCGAAAAGUGCCCGGCGGGCGAGUGGAAUGCUGAAGAAGGGUCGUCCACGUGUUUGUUGUGCAACACGCCUGAAUGGUGCAUCGGAGGCGACGAGUGCAAAGCGGGACAUACAGGUUUCGGCUGCAGCGAAUGCAUGAAAAACUGGUUUUUUUACGCUGGGUCGUGCUAUGAGUGCGAAAAAAACGCACGUUAUUACAGUCUCAUCUGCCUCGGCGUCAUGUUGUUCUUUCUGGCGAUUGCGAUGGUCGUGUUUGCUGACAAGGUGGAUAAAUUUCGCAAAUACGCCAUGGGCACGAAAAAGAAGUUGAAACAGGUGCAGAAACGACUCGGUGGCAAAGAUGAGCGGAAACGCGCCGCACAACUCGGCACCAUUGUCUUCGUACUGAGCCUGAUCACCUACUUCCAAAUACAGGCGCUCAUUGUCAGCGUCAACGUGCCCUGGCCAAAUGCGAUUGUUGAUGUAUUCAAGGCUCUCACGAACAUGAUCAAUUUCGACAUCUGGGGCAUGAUAAAUCCGCAGUGCUCUGUGACCCUCAAUUUUGAGGCGCGCUGGAUGAUCCGUCUCAUAUCGCCCGUAGCGAUUCUGGUUCCUGUUUCCGGUGGCAUCUACUGGUACUCACUGAAGCCCGGCAGGGAGGACAUGAGCAAUCGUGCAGUCAGUGUCACAGUGCAAGUUCUUCACAUGAUGUUUGUGGGAACCACCUUGCACUCGCUAGACCCCAUGAGAUGCACGGAUUACGUUCCAGCCGCUAGAGGUGCAAACGGCGAAGCUCUCGACACCAUCCGGGUCAUCGAUCGUUUUCCAAAGGUUCCGUGCGAUUACUCCGAUUCAACAUACUUUCGCAUGUUCGUAGCGAGCGCCAUAGGCUUCACCAUCUACACCAUCGCCUACGUGCUCUUCAUCCUCUACACACUUUAUCGCGUCAACUUUUUGGUGUGGAAGCACAGGGAUUACGUAGCACCCCCUCCACCGGUCAAGGAUAAGAAAACGGGCGAAGCUGCUUACGACGGAGAUGUAUCGACCGAGAACCAGAUUAUCCUUGACCUGGGCAACGAUGUCGAGGAACCCGCCAAACAACCCGAGGCCCUCAAGACAGAGGAGAACGUCACAUACAACCCCAAUCCCAAGUCAAUGCCGGCGAAAUCGAAAUGGACCAUCGUUAAGACCAGGAUGUUCAGUGCAUCAACCUGGAGAGCGGCCAAGACGAAGGAUAAAAACUCUGGGCUCAAAGUGGAAGAAAUAGAGCCUGUGACAGACAUCGGCAGCGGCGACAACAGCGAGCCAAAGGCACUCCAAGCCAUUGCGAGUAUGGAGAAAAAACAAGCCGAGACUCAAGAACAGAUACUCGCAAAGGCAGUCGCAAGCCAGGAAGCUUUGCAGGCCAAGCUGAAAGAAAAGAAGAAGGUUUCCGAUGAGUCGGCCGGUCCAGUCACCGAGGCGUUCACUGGCCUUUUCAGGAGAAAGCCUCGUCCCAACGAAGACACGAAAGAUGCGCCGCCCAUGGGAUCAGAGGAUGACGAUUCCGACGACGAAGAUGAGCACGAUCUUAUCAUGCAAAAGCUUCAUCCUGAAAUUCAGUACAUGGUCAAACGCUACGGCCUCCUAUGUUUGCCAUACGCGCAGCGCACAUGGUAUUGGGAGCUGCUGUCCAUGACCAGAAAGCUCGUGAUGGCCAUGACAGCAGUUUUCGCCAACAAAUUUGCGCAAAUGCAGCUUCAACUCAUGCUAUUUCAGAACGUCAUCUGGUUUUUACUGCUUGUCUAUUUCAAGCCUUACUCUGCCAUUCCUUUCAGGGGUGGUCCCCUCGAGAAGUAUUACUCUGACGAGUUCUACGGCGAGCUGAGCCGGCGAGCGUGGUCCGCAGGUACGAUCGUGGAAGUUUUCAUGGCUCUCGGUUCCAUCUCCCUUGGCAUCAUUGGCCUCACUGCGGGCAAGGGUGAUGGUGAAAUCCAGUCGAUCGCGUACUUUGGGCAGCUCAUCAUCGUCCUUGUAGUUGUUGUCCGUGCAAUUAACUACGCUGGCGAUAACUCGUCAUCGUUCUUUGGACCUUUGCUCACUCAGAUAUGGUACGCAAUUCGCGAAGUCUUCCUGGUGACAUUCAUUCGCAAGUCCGUUCUGGCGUGGCGUAAGAAAUUUGGGAAGAAGGGGCAAGUCAGGGCGAGGGAAAAUUGGAGGAAAGCUAGGGACUUGGUCGGCUUGACGGCAAUGUUGGAGGAGAAGGAAAUGAACCUUCCCAAAUUUCUGCUCAUCGUGAGGGCCGCCAGGGAGUACUCCGCAUCCGCAUCCGUCCGAUUCUACGACAGAGCCAUCAAGGUGAUUUACGGUGAUCCCGUCGUGGAUGAUGAAGAGGUGCACGAGGCACUCGCCGAGAGCCCCCCAUCGGCGACUACACUGAAAAUUGCCAAAUUUCUCAUCAGAGCAAGUCCCUUCAUGCUCUUCGUUUUCCUGGCUGUACCAUUGGCCAUCUCAUUCCUUGGAAUUUCUCAGGGUUUUACACUUGACACCACCAUGGACGCCUUCACCAUUCGCGAUCAUCCUGCCGCAGAGGAUUUCCAGACGUUGGUAAACGCAAGAGAUCUUGCAAAAGAGCAAGAAAAGAAGGAUCAUUUUGUUGGGGGAUCCACGUGCCCGAUUGAUGAUGGCGACAGGAGGAGACGUCUACUUGAUGUCGAUGACUUUCGAUACGUUCAGCGUUCUCGUGAUCGUCGCGAGAGACAGCUUCUUCAGACCAAGGAUGCCAAGGAAUCCUGGGAACUGAAGGUGUGUAGUCGCAUGCGCUUGUAUCUAACGUUUGUCGCAAAUGAAGGCGUUGACCUCAUGUCUGCAGAUGGUUUGCGAGGCAUGCAGAAAGCUGAUGGUAUCAUUAAAAAGCAUCGGAACUACGAGAAGUGGUGUGCGAAGUGGCAAUCGUCGAUGGAUGGGCAAGAGUACUGUGUCCCGCCAAUGGCUGUCUCAUCUUUUUUCUUUCCAUCGAUCCGCACACCCGAAUGGGAAGAUGAAAACGGUGAUAAAAAGAUUUCAUCUGUUUCAUUUCGAUAUUUCGAUGGUCUAGGCAAAGAGGAAGAUUCAAUCAAUAUCAAGACUGCAAGCGGCAAGCUUGUCCUCGAGACGCUCGUUAACUACGGAGAAUAUGUGUUUGGCGGCGGCUAUACUGGUCCCGGCGCAACUAAUGCACCUCUUCAUUUUGCCAGGAGCGUCUUCACUUUUUGUCGCCGGCCAAAAUGCGAGGUUGACUGCGGCUACGGACAACCGUGCAGACAAUACUGCAGAACCGGGUCAAAAUCGAACGACGAGGCAAUCUACAUCAAGGAUGCCCUUGAGAUGGGUAAGCAGGCUCGGAGUGAAGCGCAGACCCCAAACUUGAUGAUCUAUUAUGGGGGCGACUUCCUCUUUGACCUACAAAUAAACGAAGCGGCGAUCCACGAUGUUCUCGUGAUGAUGGGCGGCCUUCUCGCCGUGUGCAUCUUUUGCACGAUUCACUUUCGCUCUGCUUUCCUGACUUUCAUCGUCGCGCUCCAGAUUAUCCUCUCCUUCACGGUGACAUACUUUGUGUAUCGUGUUAUGUUGCAAGUCGAACAAGUCCCGAUCAUCAUGCUUCUUGGUAUCUUCGUGAUAAUCGGUAUUGGAGUUGACGAUGCGUUUGUUUUUUAUGAUCACCUGCAGAGCGAGCCUGGUAAUCUCCCAGAUGAUCCCAUUGAACAGUACGCCAUCGCCAUGACAAGGACCUACAGGAAGACAGGGUCUGCGAUGUUUGUCACCACGACCACAUCCGCGUGUUCUUUUGCCAGUAACAUCGCCUCAAAGAUACCCGCACUGCGAAUCUUCGGACUGUCAAUCUGCGUCUGCGUGGUUGUGAACUUCAUCUUCGUCCUCACCGUGUUCCCAUCUGCGAUGGCGAUUCAUCGCUUCAUGCAACAGUUCACUCUGAGAUUAUAUCGGGGCACGAAGAGCGCAAUUGCUGGCGGCACGCGCAGGCUCACUGAAUCCGGAAGAUCAGCCCAAGCCUCAGAAGGUUCCGCCAGUGAAACCGCAGAGGAGUCGAUCCGCAGAAAAGAACGGAGCAGGUUCAGUAAGGCUAUCAAGUCGAUGAAAAACGCUGGAAACUUCAAGUUCUGGGACUGGCUCGCCGAGCUGGUCGGAACAAGGAAAAAUUCAAUUUGCCUGAUCUUUCUCACAGUCCUUGUGCUGAUUUUGUCCUUCUACAUGGUCAACCAACUCAAGUUUGCCGGUGGAAAGGUGCAGUUCUUCCCGGAGCAUACCAACAUACACCAGUUCGAGGAGAGAAAGUCGGAUUUUUCCCUCGCGAUUGAAAACUGUGAUUACAGAUGUACGGCAACGAUCGUGACGGGUCUCGGUGAUUUGGCAGUCAUCGGUUCUGGGCUCGUGGGUGAAGGCGACUUGACAUAUGCGGAUGUCAACGCAGCCGCGCCCAAGCAGUACGCAGAUGCGCCGCGCCCUCCUCCGAAUCAUCCACCGCCGUCGCCACCGCCCUUACCGUCGCCGCCGCCCUUACCGUCGCCGCCACCGCCGUCGCCGCCGCCUCUGUCGCCGCCGCCGCCGCCGCCGCCGCCGCCGGCGCCGUUGCCGCCGCCGCCGCCGCCGUUGCCGCCGCCGGCGCCGUCGCCGUCUCCGCCGCCGCCGCCGCCGCCGUGGCCGCCGCCUCCGUCGCCGCCGCCGCCGCCGCCACCGGCGCCACCACCAGGAGCCGCACAGGCGCCGUGGCCGCCGCCGCCGUCGCCGUCGCCGCCGCCGCCGUCGCCGCCGCCGCCGCCGUCGCCACCGCCGCCGCCGCCGUCGCCGCCGCCGGCGCCGUUGCCGCCACCACCACCAUCACCACCACCAUCACCACCACCGCCGCCGUCGCCGCCGCCAUCCCCCCCGGCGCCUCCUCCUCAUCCACCUCCCGAGCCUCCUGCACCACCGAGUUUCCCACCCCAAUUCGACUUUGGCGACGAGCCCGACGACCAAAGCAGGGGCAACGUGGAUCUCAUGUGGGGUAUCGAGGCGGACACUUCAUCCACGCUGCUCGCCUAUGUGAAUCCUUAUUUCAAGUACAGUGACUUUGUUGUGAACAAAAACUUUGACGUUCGGUCGCCCGACGCACAGCGCUUCCUCCAUGACUGGUGCAUGAUUUUACAGGACUCUCCUCUCGUCCACAUCGUGAAACGGCGGAAGUGCAUAAUCGACGAGUUCAAGAGGUUCGUGGAGACACAGAAGUACGUCAGGUUUCCAGUACCCGAGGAAAACUUUGACUCGCUCUUCGCCGAGUUCCUCACCCACUCGCAGAGGGACGCGAUGAAGGGCGGUCUCACCGGAUUUCAUCCCAAGGAUCCGUGUCGGGUGAUGUUCAUGGGCGUUGCGGUUCGAGGCAGCUUCAAAAAAUCGCUCGGCGCAUGGAAAAUGCAAGACGUAUAUCUGGAGUGGACCAAGCUCAUGCGGCAAUAUGACCAGGUCGCGCCGAAGAGUGUCGGCAAAGCUAUCCUUGUUUCUGACCAAUUCGUAACCAUGGCGACGCAGGUGGAAGCAAUCAUGAGCACCGCGUAUUCCAUAUGGCUCGCCUGCGUGUUGGUGGUCCUCGUUGUGGUCUUUUGCACUGGAUCGCUUCAGAUGGCGGUGUUGAUCCUCAUAAACCUGUUGUUUAUCGUCGUAUUUGUCAUUGCCGGGAUGUCGUAUCUGGGGUUGGAAUUUGGUGGCGUUGAGGCUGUUGCCCUGACAGUGCUGAUCGGCAUGUCGUGCGACUACUGCCUGCAUCUUUCCGACACGAUCCUUGCCACGACGUCGACAUCGAUGUGUAUUCGGGUGAGAAGUGCUAUCAAACACCUCGGUCCCACGAUUGUGAGCGCGGCUGGCACCAGCCUACUCGCAUCCAUCCCAACCGCGGCGUUCACCAAAAUUCUCAUCCUGAAUAAUUUCGGCACCAUCAUGUGCCUGUCCAUCAUCUCGGGCGUGUUGUUUGGAAUACUUUUCUUCUGCCCUAUGUGCGUACUAUUUGGUCCCAGAUACGUGGGCACAUCGUGGAAACAGAACGUGUCACUGUCGCUCUUCUCUUCGCCCGUGCACUUCGUCUCUGCGACAGCGUUCUUCGCAUUCCUUGGAACGAGUGUGCUGUCUGUGGAGGCUGGCGUGUGGCUUCAAAAUAAUGUGCUACUGGCCGGGUUGCUCGCGUUUACCUGUAUAUUCAGCCCGCUGUUUGUGGGCAUUGGCGUGAGGCCCAUCCGCGCUUUCAGAGAAAAAGCGGUUGCGCUGAGAACAUGA